CGGGAAUUGAUACUCGUCGAAUUAGAGCUUCAUUCCUUCCCCUCCUCUUUUCCCCCUCCAGAUACAGCCAGCAAUCACUAUGUCCAACCGCCUUUUAUUCCAGUAUGGAGCUCCCUUCUUGGGGUUCUGGCUUCUCGGUGAAUCCAUCUACGAUGUCCGUGGCGGUACUCGCGCCGUCAUCUUCGACCGAUUGUCCGGUGUGCAGGAGAAGGUCGUGAAUGAAGGCACACACUUCCUCAUUCCCUGGUUGCAGAAGGCCAUCAUUUACGAUGUCCGCACCAAGCCCCGUCAUAUCUCUACCACAACCGGAAGUAAGGACUUGCAGAUGGUCAGCUUGACCCUGCGUGUUCUGCACCGUCCUGAUGUCCCGAAGCUGCCGGUGAUUUACCAGUCAUACGGUACCGAUUACGAUGAGCGUGUGCUGCCCUCUAUCGGAAACGAAGUUCUCAAGGCCAUCGUGGCCCAAUUCGAUGCCGCUGAGCUGAUCACCCAGCGCGAGGCCGUCUCCAACCGCAUCCGCACGGACCUGAUGAAGCGUGCAGCACAGUUCAACAUCGCUCUUGAAGAUGUCUCCAUCACCCACAUGACUUUCGGCAAGGAAUUCACGCGCGCUGUCGAGCAGAAGCAGAUCGCCCAGCAGGAUGCUGAACGGGCUCGGUUCAUCGUCGAGAGAGCUGAGCAGGAGCGCCAGGCCAACGUUAUCCGAGCUGAGGGUGAAGCUGAGAGUGCCGACAUCAUCAGCAAGGCCGUCGCCAAGGCCGGCAGCGGGCUGAUCGAGAUCCGUCGUAUUGAGGCUAGCAAGGAGAUUGCCAAUACACUGGCCAGCAACCCUAACGUUACAUACCUCCCCGGCAACGACGGCAAGGAAGGUGGCAAAAGCACAAGCCUUCUGCUAGGCUUGAGAAACUGAAGUGGAAUCGUCAUGUAGUUUUUAUUAAUUUGUUAUUCCGUUUCCUUUACCUGGAUGGACCUCGGGCGUGCAUGAUCUCCCUGGCGAACUGAUGUUGUUUGGUUUUCCCUUCCUCUCUUCCUUUUGACAUACACCCUUCUAUCGACUGUAGCAAUAACAUACUCAUUCUUCGCUCUUGAUAUCUCUCCUUCGCCCGCCUUGUGGGGCCAUGUCCGUCCCAAUGAACUAUCUUGUAAUCCUUCAGUAUCAAUUAUAGGAAACGGUGCCAGACCGAGCAG